AGCAAACACAGAAUUGCAGAGAAGGAAAAAGUACAGAUCCAAUAACUGUACCGGGCCCACCAUGAAGCUGAGCUGCUGAGGUCCAAUAAGUGAGACUUUACAGAGCAGCAGCAGCUUUGUAAUUGGAAGAGAGAUGAGCUUUCAGGAUGUGCAGAAUGGCGGAGGAGGAAAGGGAAAGAAGGCAUCCGCAUCUCCGUCUCAGGCGGUGGCUGCCGGCAUAUUCCAGAUCAACACUGCCGUUGCCACUUUCCGUCGACUCGUUGAUGCCAUCGGAACUGUCAAGGAUACGCCCGAUCACCGCCAAAAGCUCCACAGUACGAGGCAACGGAUACUCCAGCUUGUCAAAGACACUUCUGCUAAACUCAAAUCCCUGAGCGAAUCGGAUCGCCACACCAAUGUCAAUCCCCGUAAGCAGAUUGAAGAUGCCAAGCUUGCAAAAGAUUUUCAAACCACACUCCAAGAAUUCCAGAAAGUUCAACAGCUUGCCUCUGAGCGCGAGUCUACUUACAUGACAACCGCAACCUCUGCUGCAUCUGCCUCUGCCUCUGGCGAGUAUUUGGAACCAACCAGGGAUGAUUACCGUCAGCCUUUCCUUCAGGAGCAAAAGAGACAGGAAGUAGUGCUGCUGGAUAAUGAGAUUGGCUUCAAUGAGGCAAUAAUUGAGGAAAGGGAACAGGGUAUUAAAGAUAUUGAAGAACAAAUUGGAGAAGCUAGUGAAAUAUUCCGGGACCUCGCAGUUCUUGUUCAUGAGCAAGGUGUUGUCAUUGAUGACAUUCAUUCAAACAUUGACAACUCUUCUGCUGCAACAAUCCAAGCUAGAGUUCAGCUAGCAAAGGCUUCCAAAGGUGUUAAAACAAGAUCUUCGUGGUGUUGGUGGGUGCUGGCACUUGUCGUAGUGGUGGUUGUAGUCGUUCUCAUUAUCCUUAUCAUAUAAUUUGCAAGUACAUAUACAGUCUCAUUGUGCCUCUGCGUGACAAAAUGACAACGGGUGUGGUAGAUUAUUUGUUCUAAAAGACUUUCUGGUUGAUAUAUUUUUGGUACAAGAGUUAGAAAUCCCUUUUCGUUCAUGUGUCUUUUACUUUGGGCAGGUUUUGGUUGUUUUUAUUGGUAAAUUAGCAAUCGUGUAACCUCUAUAAUGUUUGUUGUUUCUUCGGCUUCUCAUUUGUAAUUUGUUGGUCUUGAAUGUGGAUCACUAGCCUUUGC